GAAUCCACAUUUUAACAAGAUCCCCAGGUGAUCAUAGCUUGUAACCCUGACAACAAGCAAUAAGACUGGCAUUACUCCUCCCAUUUUUACCAAUGAUGAGUCUAAGGUGCAAAGAAGUUGCUUGAGAUAGCAGGGCUGAUUAGUAGCUGAGCCAAGAUUCAACCCCAGAACCUUGAGUCCAGUGUUCCUUUCAAAAGGUAAAAAAGUACGUUCAGAAGUUCUACUUUCACUCAACUCAAAAUUGUUUCAGAUGCCAUAAUGUCCCCAACGCUAAAUCACAGAUCUGUAGCGCUAGUGCCACCACCUGUGUUUGUUGAGAUAGUGAUGCACGAAUCUCUUUCUGAGCCCUUGGAAACCUAAGAAACACGGACAAGGUUGGAACUUCACUUCCCAGCGAACCCCGCGGCUUCCUAUCGCGCAGGGCAUGCCGGUCACCACGCCCCUCCUCACUCCGUGGGGCUGCCCACCAGAAGCGGGACACGUCCCACCCUGACGUGAGGGCGCGCGGCCUGCUGGGAUACGUAGUUUGGCUGGGUCUAGGACGCCCCCUCGGAUGAAUGGGUCCGGGGCUGACCGCGAACUACAGCUUCUGGGGCAGCAGCGUUAGUGGCGGCCGCUGGGGAAGGGGCGAGUGCGGCAGCCCCGGGGAAGAGUUCCGCUCCGGGGAGGUGGCGAUGUCCUGUGCCCCUGCUGAGGCAGCAACUCGACUACCUGGGGUGGUGGCAUAGGCAGGCACUUCCUCUGCGCACUUGCCCCCCUUCCCCUGCACCGGCAUGCGCCCGCUCUGCGCGGUGGGCCUGGUUUUCGCAGGCUGCUGCAGUAACGUGAUCUUCCUAGAGCUCUUGGUCAGGAAGCACCCAGGAUGCGGGAACAUCGUGACGUUUGCACAGUUUUUAUUCAUCGCUGCGGAAGGCUUCCUCUUUGAAGCUCACUUGGGGACGAAGCGGCCGGCUAUCCCAAUAAGAUACUACGCCACGAUGGUCACCAUGUUCUUCACCGUCAGCGUGGUGAACAACUACGCCCUGAACCUCAACAUCGCCAUGCCCCUGCACAUGAUAUUCCGCUCUGGUUCUCUAAUUGCCAACAUGAUUCUAGGAAUUAUCAUUUUGAAGAAAAGAUACAGUAUGUUCAAGUACAUGUCCAUCGCCCUGGUGUCCGUGGGGAUAUUCAUCUGCACCUCCAUGUCAGCGAAGCAGGUGACUUCCCAGUCCAGCCUGAGUGAGAGUGACGGAUUCCAGGCAUUUGCAUGGUGGUUACUAGGCAUCGGAGCCUUGACCUUUGCUCUUCUGAUGUCAGCCAGGAUGGGCAUUUUCCAGGAGACUCUCUACAAGCAGUUUGGGAAACACUCCAAGGAGGCUUUGUUCUAUAAUCAUGCCCUUCCCCUGCCUGGAUUCAUCUUCUUGGCUUCUGAUAUUUACAACCAUGCUGUGCUUUUCAAUAAGUCUGAGUCGUACCAAGUCCCCGUCGUCGGGGUGACCGUGCCCGUCAUGUGGUUCUACCUCCUCAUGAACGUCGCUACCCAGUACGUGUGCAUCCGGGGCGUCUUCAUCCUCACCACGGAGUGCGCCUCCCUCACCGUCACGCUCGUCGUGACCCUGCGCAAGUUCGUGAGCCUCAUCGUCUCCAUCCUGUACUUCCAGAACCCGUUCACCCUAUGGCACUGGCUGGGCACCAUGUGUGUCUUCGUUGGGACGCUGAUGUACACAGAGGUGUGGAACAGCCUAGGGACCGCGAAAAGCCCGCCUGGGAAGGAGGACAAGAAAAACUGAGGUCUGCCGGGGGGCCGGCGCGGGUGUGGCUGCCGUUUCACUUUUGUUCACGCUGAACUCGCCCCCAGCACCGGGCCAGCCGCGCACCAGAGACCCCACAGAAGGCGGGGACGUGGCGGACUUCACGUGGCGUUCCAGGCCCACGUGGGUGGGCCCCGAAUGGAAACCUCACGGCCCGCACGGGAGGAAAGAAUAGCCGCCUGCUGUUGGACAGCCCGUUGGUUACUUCUGUCUCGUUUACCAGAGUGCUCGGGACUGCACUUGUUUACUGAGUCGAGUCUCCAGAGCUACUAGUUUUAUACCCACGGCCUUGGACAGAGUUACCCCUUUUGUUUUUGUCCCGUUGAUUGUCUGCCGUAAGUCAUUACCAUCCCGUGUCCUUGUCCUCCUGUUCUGGCGCCCUCCGGCUCCUCCGCAGCACUUUUCAGUGGGUCACGUGCUCCUGGCAUCGUUGGGAACAGCUACCUGCGUGACCGGGCGAAUGGAGACACUGGUGACACUGGGGCUGGACCUUCCCCAGUGGGUUGGGAAAGAAGGGGUGGCUGUCCCUGGGAGCUGAGCUCCGGUGACAGUGGAGCAGGACUGGGGGGACCCUUUCCCGCCAUCUGUUUUGUUUUCUAUGCAGAACUGUGUGCUUUUCCAUCUGGCUUUCUGUGCUUACAACAAACCUGCAGCAUAGCUCUGUGGCACAGUGUUAAUAAGAAAAAAAAAGGUUGUGUAUAAAUUGGGAAAGAGACGUUUUUUCCCCCUCACUCUUCUACACGAAGCCCAUGAGCCUAGAACUGAGAAGGCAACCCAGGAGGGUGCCCGGGAGAAGCUGGCCUUGGCCCUCACCCAGUGAGCCACAGCAUCUCCCCUCCCGCCCCCAGGCCUUCACAGGGCUCCUUCCAGGCGGGCAGGUGAAAGAAGUCUUUGAAAGGCUUCUGAGCCAAGGAGGUUUUACUUGGCCUAACAAUUCGGAUAGUUGCAAGCAGGCUAAUGAGUAGAUUAUGGCGUUGGUGUGUAAAUCAGGUCAAAUCGCAAAAUGGAAAGUUGUUUUUCUAUAAGGUAUCUUAAUGUUCGUGAUGGGUGUGUGUGAGGGUGGGGGUUGUACAUACACGUAGAAAGGUGGCCCCCCUUUUACUCACCCGGUUUUCCUUCCCGGGCAUCAUGUUGAGACAGAGGUGACGUCAACCAGCGUGGCGUGUGCCCUCGAGCAGUUUGCUCGUGAGGAUGUGGGAGAGAAGAGCACGAGAGUCAGGGUUCCUUCACUCCCCCCAUCUUCCCUUAGCCCUGGGCCAUGACUGACCUCACGCAAGUACAUGCUUGCCUGUCGGCAGGUAAAUGUACCAGCCGCUCUCUCUCUGCACUCAGAGGCCGUUCUUCUUUCCCUGGGUGCAGGCUGUGUUCUUAAAGUGGGAGGUGGUUCCACCUGGGUCGCCCACAGUGUGGCCUGUGGUUUGGGUGGGUCCAAGAUGACAGUGUAAGAGGACACGGAGCGUGCCUCCUCCCAUGGACAUACUGAAUGCACGUCUGUGUCUAGAGUAGCUGUCUCUGGGAGACAACUAGGGGACAGCUGAAGAGGAGGCUGCCCGGAGGAGAUUGGAGGAGCUGGUGAGUGCCAUUGUUUGCAUCCUCCUUACCCAUGGGUAGCAUUGGUGAGAGCUCCGCCCACGUGCUCUGGCCAGCGUGCAAGGCCACAGUACUGCGUCCCGUCACCCCUCUUAGAACUGGCUCCAGCAGGAAGAGGGCACCGUAGCAAGCAGGCACAGCCCCUACCACCACCCAUCUGGGUUAGACCCACUGGCCCAACAGUGCACUGAAGCUCAGCUACUGCUGUGCACACCCACUGGGCUGCCCCAGCCAGAGCCAAAAGAGAGCCACCAGGGAGGAACCACAGUGCACGUAUGCUGGACAGUCCCACCCUGAGUGAUUUCAGGGGCUCAGCAGGGCAUCACUAUACUCCUGCCCAGGCAGUGGUCCAGCUCAGACCUCCACAGCAGUCAAAGUAACAGAAUAUGCCUUGUGAGUACACAAAGGGGCCCACCCAGGUGAGGGAACCGGCAGAGUGCUGCAACGUGCACUUGGGGGCUGUGUAGACAGGCAGCUAUCGGGACAACGCUGCGGGCCAUGUGCACUCACACGGAGAGGGAGGUCCCUGCCGGAGUGGGAGGGAGCUGACAGCAGCCAACCAAAAUGACAGGGCAAACCGCACAGCAGGAAGCCCUGCCUGGAGUAAGAGGGAACCGGCAGAGUUCUGCAUUGCCACGGUCAGGUUUCCCCAGGCCAGCUCCAGCCACGGUCGAUCAAAACAACAGGGCGUGUCUUCUGCACUCACCAGGCAACCACCUGGAUCGAGAGUGGAACCAGCAGGGCUCUACAGUGCACGCACACAGUGCUGCCCCUCCCUGCCCUGGGGCUGGCUGCGGACAGCCAGAACAAUAGGGCACUGCCACACGCACACCAUGCUAUCCCCGCGCACUGCACACACCCACCCCAACGCCAACCAGCCUGCCGAAACCACCUCGUCUACACAAACUCCCCUUUCCACAAGACCGACUUUUCACGACUGGGAGGGAUGAGCUAUAUUGUUUAACUCAUGGACAUGAGAAAAACCCAAAGAGAAACUAAAGAAAUUGAGAAAAAUAAUUUGCCUAAUAAAGAAUUUAAAGAAACUGUCAUAAAGGUGCUCAAUAAACUGGAAGGUUGAAUAAAGGGACUCAGAAUUUCAAAAAAGAAAGUAUAAUAAAGAACCAAUCAGAGAUGAAAAAUACAAUAACAAAUGAAAAACACACUAACAGGAAUUGACAUCAGAUUGGUUAAUACAGAAGAAUGGAUCAGUGAUUGGUAGGAAUGCUAGAAAUCACCAGUCAUAACAGCGAAAAGAAAAAGGAAUUUAAGAAAAUGAAGAUGGUGCGAGGCCCUGAGGGGUAACAUCAGGCACACUAACAUUCACACUACAGGCAUCCCAGAAGGGGGAGAAAGUACGUAUUUGAAGAAGUGCUGGUGGAAGACUUUCCUAAUCUAGGAAGGAAAGAGACAUCAGGUCCUGGAAGCACGUGGAGUCCCAGACAAGAUGAACCCAAAGACGCCCACACCAACAUGUACUGCAGUUCAGUGGACAAAUUAAAGAUAAAAGCCCAGUCUUGAAAGAAGCAAGGGGGAAUCAAUGAGUCACAAAGGGAACCCCAAAAGUCCAUGAGCCGAUUUCUCAGCAGCAACAUUGUAAGCCAGAAAGGAGUGGCGGGAAGUGUUUGGAGUGCGGAAAGAAAGGAACUUGCACCCUAGUGUACCUGACAAGGUUGUCACUUGGAACAGAGAGAGAGAGAAUGAAUUUCCCAGAUCAGCAAAACUUAAAAAGUUCGUCACUGUUAAACAGGCUUUCUAAGAAAUGUUAAACAGUCUUUAUACAGAACAGAAAAGUCCAUGCCAAAAAUAAGAAAAUACAGGGGGAAACCAUCACAGAUAAAGGCAAAUACCGAUUUAACACUGAAUCUGCCACUCAUAAAUCUAAUAUGAAGAUU